AUGAGUCUCAUCAAUGCUCUUCCUCACAUUCUCCUUUCUCUUACCCUCAUUUUUACCGCUAUCCAUGCAGCCACUUUUGAUGUUGUGAACCAAUGUACCGAUACAGUUUGGGCUGCAGCCUCACCUGGGGGUGGGCGUCGUCUAGACUCAGGCCAAACUUGGACAUUUGACGUAGCACCAGGCACUGUAACGGCUCGAAUUUGGGGCCGAACCAAUUGCAACUUUGAUGGCAACGGAUGUGAGACGGGCGAUUGUAACAAGGCUCUAGAAUGCCAAGGCAGCGGUUCACCACCAAAUACCUUGGCCGAAUUUGCACUCAAUCAGGCCUUCAACUUGGAAUAUCUAGACAUAUCUCUUGUUGAUGGGUUUAACAUUCCAAUUGAUUUCAGCCCCACUACUGGCGGCUGUCGUGGAAUCCGAUGUGCAGCUGAUAUUAUUGGGCAAUGUCCUAAUGAAUUGAAGGUCCGUGGAGGGUGCAAUGGUCCAUGCCCCGUCUUCAAGACUGAGGAGCAUUGUUGCAAUUCUGGCAAAUGUAGCCCUACAAAUUUCUCCAAGUAUUUCAAGGAAAUGUGCCCAGAUGCUUAUAGUUACCCGAAGGAUGACCUUACAAGUCUGUUUACUUGCCCUACUGGCACUAACUAUAAGGUUAUAUUCUGCCCUUAUAAGAACUUCACCUUUGACCAUGCAGCCACAUUUGACAUAACCAACAAAUGCCCUUACACAGUCUGGGGAGCUGCCUAUCCCGGCGGUGGCAAGGAACUUAAAACCGGUGAGACAUGGACCAUUAGUGCUAAUCCUGGAACUACCCAAGGUCGCAUUUGGGCUCGUACCAAAUGUCAAUUUGAUGCUUCUGGGAAAGGCAAGUGCGAGACUGGUGAUUGCAAUGGGCUUCUUGUUUGUCAAGACUACGGUGCAGCCCCUCACACCUUAGCCGAAUACGCACUAGACCAGUUUGAACACCAAGAUUUUAUCGAUAUCUCUGUGAUUGAUGGGUUUAACGUUCCUAUGGAGUUUAGUUCAGCUUCAGGAAGCUGCACCAGAGUGAUCAAAUGCACUGCUGAUAUUAUUGGGCAAUGUCCUAAUGAAUUGAAGGUCCCUGGAGGGUGCAAUGGUCCAUGCCCCGUCUUCAAGACUGAGGAGCAUUGUUGCAAAUCUGGCACAUGUAGCCCUACAAAUUUCUCCAAGUAUUUCAAGGAAAGGUGCCCAGAUGCUUAUAGUUACCCGAAGGAUGACCCUACAAGUCUGUUUACUUGCCCUACUGGCACUAACUAUAAGGUUAUAUUCUGCCCUUAUAAGAACAUCACCUUUGCCCAUGCAGCCACAUUUGACAUAACCAACAAAUGCCCUUACACAGUCUGGGGAGCUGCCUCUCCCGGCGGUGGCAAGGAACUCAAAACCGGUGAGACAUGGACCAUUAGUGCAUAUCCUGGAACUACCCAAGCUCGCAUUUGGGCUCGUACCAACUGUCAAUUUGAUGCUUCUGGGAAAGGCAACUGCGAGACUGGUGAUUGCAAUGGGCUUCUUGUUUGUCAAGACUACGGUGCAGCCCCUCACACCUUAGCCGAAUACGCACUAGACCAGUUUGAACACCAAGAUUUUAUCGAUAUCUCUGUGAUUGAUGGGUUUAACGUUCCUAUGGAGUUUAGUUCAGCUUCAGGAAGCUGCACCAGAGUGAUCAAAUGCACUGCUGAUAUUAUUGGGCAAUGUCCUCAUGAAUUGAAGGUCCCUGGAGGGUGCAAUGGUCCAUGCCCCGUCUUCAAGACUGAGGAGCAUUGUUGCAAUUCUGGCACAUGUAGCCCUACAAAUUUCUCCAAGUAUUUCAAGGAAAGGUGCCCAGAUGCUUAUAGUUACCCGAAGGAUGACCCUACAAGUCUGUUUACUUGCCCUACUGGCACUAACUAUAAGGUUAUAUUCUCAGCCACUUUUGAUGUUGUGAACCAAUGUAACUAUACAGUUUGGGCUGCAGCCUCAACUGGGGGUGGGCGUCGUCUAGACUCAGGCCAAACUUGGAUAUUUGACGUAGCACCAGGCACCGCAGGGGCUCGAAUUUGGGGCCGAACCAAUUGCAACUUUGAUGGCAACGGAUGCGAGACGGGCGAUUGUAACAAGGCUCUAGAAUGCCAAGGGGGCGGUUCACCACCAAAUACCUUGGCCGAGUUUGCACUCAAUCAGCCCAACAACUUGGACUAUCUAGACAUAUCUCUUGUUGAUGGGUUUAACAUUCCAAUUGAUUUCAGCCCCACUACUGGUGGCUGUCGUGGAAUCCGAUGUGCUGCUGAUAUUAAUGGACAGUGCCCAGACCAGUUGCAGGCUCCUGGAGGCUGCAAUAAUCCUUGUGCUGUAUUUAAAACCAAUCAAUAUUGUUGCUUUGAUGGUUCUGGAAGCUGUGGCCCAACCGAUUUCUCCAAGUUCUUCAAAGAUAGAUGCCCAGAUGCUUAUAGUUACCCUUUUGAUGAUCAGACCAGCACAUUUACUUGUCCUAGUGGAACCAAUUACAAGGUUACAUUUUGUCCAUGA